GGGAAGGCCUUCGUCAGCUCUCCGCGUCGCGGGCGCUGUGGCCCUUCGGGGCCGGCCUCACCCCCCGCCGCCUUCCGCUGAGCUCUCGUCCUAGACCGGCCCGGACCACAUACGUCGGGGGCACGUUUGGGAGCACAGUCAGGUGUAGGGUGAGCUGCGAAAACAAACCAAUAAGGCUGACGCCGCAGAGCGCUUCCGUUCCGGCAACCCCCAACACGUGUUAGUCGUAGAUCUUAGGGCUGUUACUGCCUCUGUGGCUGUAUCAAGAUUAAAUAUUUCAUGCACUUUAUAGUAACGAAAGCUGCCAGAAAAAUUGUUUAUAUCUUCAGGAUUUGGUUUGAGUAAAAAUUAACCACACGUACAGUGUCGGGACGACUGUCUGAGCUUUUCCAGGUGGAAACUAAGCGUACCUGGACUUAGGUUACCCGGUGCCGUCCGGGCGAUUCCGGCUCAGAGCCAUGGCUACAUAGCUCAGUAAGCCUUUUCUCCCUGCCACACUCGUUAAGGAUUGCAAGAAUUAGAAACACAAUGGCCACAUAUAGAGCAAUGUAUGACUUGAAUACUUAAGUGGGAGAUGAAGCAGAACCUUGCUCUAGAGAAGCUUACAAUAUCAACGUAAGCAUGGCUAAUACAAAAAACAGGGGACUCUGGGCGGUGAAAACCAUUAAGUGCUCAAUUACUAACUAAAAGGUCGAAGGUUGGAACCCAGGAAGAGGCACCCUGUAGGAAAGGCUUGGGGAUCUGCUUCUAAGAGGUCAGAGCCUUGAAAACUCUAUAGUUCACAGUUCUGUAACAUGUGGGGUUACCAUGAGUCGAAAUAGACGAUGGCAGCUGGUACGUACGGAAAAUACAGUAUGACUACCAAAUUCUAGAAAUUUCAAAGAGCUCAGAAUAGUGUGGUCAGAGGGCUGGACUUGGGUAAGGCCUGAAUGAUUAUGAUUUAGGCCAGUGUUUUUCAACUGUGUGGGACCUAUCGGGGGAAGUCUUGACCCAUUUGUAAGCAAGAUCUAUUUAGUCAAAACUACGAUGUUUGCAAAUGAAGUAGUAUAGAAUGGAAAUAUCAGUGCAUGGCACUUUGUAAAGUUAAAUAUUGUUUGAUGGAAUAUAUAUAAAAGACCCAUUGCCGUCAAGUUGAUUCCGACUCAUAACGACCCUAUAGGACAGAGUAAAACUGCCCCAUAGGGUUUCCAAGGAGCACCUGGGGGAUUCAAACUGCUGACCUUUUGGUUAGCAGCGGUAGCACUGAACCACUUGUGUAUAAAAAAAAAAAAAAUAGAUGUGUAUAUAUACAACACAGGCUGCUAACCAAAAAGUCAGCAGUUCAAAUCUACUAGCCGCUCCUUGGAAACCCUGUGGGGCAGUUCUACUCUGUCCUGUAGGGUCCUUAUGAGUUGGAAUCGGCUUGACAGCAACAGAUGUAUAUAUAUAUAUAAUAUGUACAUAUAGUAUAUACGUUAGGCUACGUUUGUAAAAUGUAUUUCUUAUUGUGGGUUAAAAGCCUCUGAUUUCGGGAGAGAGGUGAACUUCCUGAGUGAAGGAAGUAGCAAUAGCAAUAUCUCCAAGUCAGGAAUAAAUAAUUCACAACCCCAUUUUCUUUUUUGGCUUAAUUUCAAAUUUUAUCAAAGUAGUUCAAGUACACAGAUUAAAAAGCAACCAUUUUUUAAUUAGGAUGAGCAUUCGGUUACUAUUGUUAUGUAGUAAAUUACUCUAAAAUAUCAGGGCUUAAAACAACCACUUCCACGAAUUGUGUGGCCAAUAAUUGAGGAAGGGCACGGCGGGAUAACUUUUCUCCAAGAACUCAGCUGCGCAGACUAGGACUGCUAGCAGAGCUCCUGCCUAAGGCCCCUCCACGUGGCCUGGGCUUCCUCACAGCAUGGCAGCAUGGCAGUUAGUUUAGGCUCAGGGCUCCAAAGGUGAGUGCUGCAAUGAACGAGGCUGAAACUGCAUGUCCUUUUCUGUCCUAGCCCCAAAAAGUUACCCAACCCUUUCUCCUUGCAUUCUUUUGGUUGCAAAUGAGUCACAAAGCCUGUCUGGAUUCAAUUGAAAGGGACAUAGAUUCCACUUCUCAAAAGAUUGUAAAAGAGUUUGUGGCCAUUUAUUUUUUUUAAACUACCACAGUGCAUUUACUGUUGUACCACAAAACCCAAAAUUUCAUAAUGUAAUGUAAUAAACAUUUAUAAUAAACAUUUAUUUCUCGUACAAAAUCCACUAUGAAUGUUCCUAGUCAGAUGGCUAUCCUCCAAAUGUUAGACUCGAGGACCCAGGGUUUUUUUUAGGGUUUUGCUAUCUCCUAGGACUUGGGGUCUACAGCUUAUCAGACAAGAAAGAAAGUAUGAAUGACAAGAAGUUUUAGGGGUCAACUCGAGAAGUGGCACAUACCACUUUACCCACAUUCCACUGGUAAACAUUUUGUCCCAAGGCCCCCACUUUAACCACUAGUGAAUCUGGGAGGUGUAGAGAAGUAUACAUAGUUUGCCACAUUCUAGGUAUUUAACCAAACAGUAACAGUUUUGUCACAUUCUAGGUAUUUAACCAAAACCCUAUGGUCCUAACCCCCUCCCCACUCUCCUCAAUCCUUCUCUCCAAAAACAUAAAUUCUCAAGUCUUUUCAACAUUUCUUAUUUACUCCAUAUGUCUUAAAAAAAAAAAAAAAAAACUUACGUAGUAAUUUGGUUUUGAUUUUUCAAUUUUAGGCAUUAUCCGUUGACUUUCUUCUAUGGAACACAAUGAUAUAGCUAUUUUACAACACCCCCGGAUCAUGGUGAUGGAAUGGGUAUAGGAGAUAACGAAGGAGAAGGAAGAGUCUAAGACUCCUGAUUCCUGCAGUUCAUGUUGAUGCCUAAGGCCCAGCUGAUUUCUCUCCAUCUCUGCAAAGUUACUGUGCGAUGGCAGGCCAAAGCUUCCUUCCACAGAUACGCAGAGCAGGCACUGGCUUCCAGAAAAUUCAAGAACCUCCAAAGAACCUUGAAGAAUUCUUGAAGUCUCAAAACUGGGAUUAUUGGCCAAGGGAAGUCCAUUUGGGUUAUGAUUCUAAAUGGGCACACACUCUGAAAAAUAUAAAAGAAGAUUGCUCAUUUAUUUCAAUUUAUACACAUUUAUGGGAAAAUGUCUCUCGAGUAUUUGAAGCAGUCGUGAACAUGGAGUCAAGAUUAGCGGAAUGUUCAUUUGUUUUGAAAAACCAUGCCUCGAAAUUAUUUGAGUGGGACAACAUGAUUUCUGAAACAGUUUCUUCUGGACAGUUGAAAAGACACAAGAAAUGUAUAAAGAAGUACUAUAAGAAAAAGAUUAUGCUUUCAGAUGAUAUGGAGACAAAGAAGAAUAUAGAGGGCUGCACCUUCUCAGGAUUUAAAGCGGAUGAACUUACUCAACUGCCCAGACAUUUGGAUGCCGAACGAAUUUAUCUUUUUAUUUUAAAAGCCCAUAACUUUGAUGAAAAAAUUUUUAAAAUCUGGAAGACUCAUUUUCUCUCAGAAGCUUCUAUUGCUCUUUUACAUGAUUCCUUUUGGUGGUGGUUUCUCUAUAAAUUUAAGCCUGACAGAGAAAAUCAAGAUUCCUUGUUUGAUAGAAUUUCAGAAAGUUAUGCAACCCUUUUCAUGAGCAUACCACUAAGUCGAAAGGAUGCAUUCUUACAGGUAUACCCCGAUUGUUUGGCACAAGCUAUCUAUGUGACAUUUCAGGAAGCGUUCCCAGAAUCCAGUAACCUCUUUAAUGAUGAAUUUAAAGAAGAUCUAGGGAAUAACAUUUUUCUUUGGUUGUCAGGUUUAAAACCUCAGAAAGGCUUUUGGACCCACUGGAAACUUAAAGGACUCACCACGACAACCAUACAUGGUAGCAAGAAAGACCCUGAAAAAUCUGUAAAGGAAAUGAUUGCAAACAGUCAAGAACGCAUAAUGGCUACCAUAGACUUCGAUAUAACCAAAAUUUUAAAGAAACCCAGAACAUAUGUGAUGUCUACAUCCAAGGAAGAAUCAAGAUUAUCAAAACCGGCAAUAAAGUCCCAUUAUAUUAGCGCUGGUCCAGAGUUUAACCGUGUUCUCUUCAAUUUUGGAGGUCAGAGUCCACUGAUUUUAUAUUAUCUUAAGAUGCAUGAGCUGGCUGGUAUUGCCAGUACGCCUAGACAAACAAAGAUUAAACUCACUGAAAUAUGCCAAGAACCAUCACCUGCUCCAACUUACUGUGAUAUUAUAAAGGAGGCAAAAAAACAAUUUGUGAGGAACCAAAAGGAUUUUAGGAUACUCCAAGCAAAGGCUACCAAGAAACCUUUCGAUGUUAAGUAUGACUUUGAGAAGUUCCUGAAUAAACUGGUAUGUCUCCUCUGUGAACAUAAUUGAGAAGUCUCUCGCUUGCUUCUCUUAUAUAGACUGGCCAAUAUUUCAUAAGCAAUCUAUGGUUUCAUACCCAAGUUACAGUGGCAGGACAGAAUACAUUCUUGUUAUUUACUCAUCCACAUACACGUUUAAGGCAAUCAUGUUUUGCACGUUAGGGACAACCUCAUGCCCAUAAAUGCCUGUUCUUUGGUUCUGGCUGUUGGAAGUA